UUUCUAUGCAAACGAUAAAAAAACCUGUCACGAUUUUCGUAAAAAUAUAGAAACAGUUACAUCUCUUAUCAUAUAAAGUGUCAUCAAGUGCUGCUGCUAAAAUCUCUUCGUUAUUAUAAAAAAAAAGUUAUAAUAUACUCUCGCUCGAGUCCAAUCUAUCCAAUUUAUCGUUUUAAAAAGGGAAGGACGUUUUAAAUCGUAGUUUAAAUAAAAAUUCAGCACUUCUCCCAUCGCAGUAAGAUUUCUCGUUCAUGAUCAAGCUGCGGCUUAGUGGCGACUCUUAAGUAACGUACCGUCAUGGCGACAUUACCGCCACGAAAAAAUCCAACCGCGACGAAAAUUUCGAAGCAACAGUUGACUCCUUUACAAACGCUUUUACAACUUGGAUUUCCGAAACAUCGGGCGGAAAAAGCACUAGCUGCUACUGGACAUCGUGGUGUUCAACUUGCAUCUGACUGGUUACUUGCCCAUGUCAGAGAUCCUACUUUAGAUUUUAUUACACACAGACAAUAUGUAUUAUAUGCUUGUCCUACAGGAGCAUUGGCAGAACGUCUUUUAACAUUUUGGGCAGAAAGCAAAGAGUUAGGUUGGAAUGGAGCACAUAAUUUUAUACCACAUAUUACACUUGUAUCUUUUUUUCAAGCAUCUGAUGAAUUAACGUCAGAACUUGUAAGUUCUCUUGAAAAUAUCAUCGAUCUAGAUGAACUUUGCGACCGUAUCGAUUUGGAAACAUACGUUUCACCCAACUUUAUGGGACUUUUUGUCAAAGAUGCAGAUACAAAAUGGCUUACAAAAAUUUCUACCAAUUAUGUUGAUAAACUAACAAGCUUAGGUAUUACUGCUAAACCUCAAGUAAAAUCAUUGCAUCUCACAUUGGCUUAUCAAUUUCCUAGCAACUUAUUUCAACCUCUUCGUUUGAUGGUUGAAAAGUUGGGACCAACUACACCAGACAAUUGGGAACUUAGAUUAUAUUCUAGAGAUCCUAGGUUACAAAAUUCGCAUGUCCAUAAAGUUAUACAUGCAUAUACAUCUAAAGAACAUGAUGACUUAGAAUUAAGAGUAGGAGAUUACGUUUAUAUACCAGAAGGAGCAUGCGAUGCUUCUACCGAUGGAUGGGUUGAAGGUACUUCCUGGUUAACAGGAACUUCAGGACAUUUACCUUUAAAUCAUACAAAACGGACAGCUGAAUCAGAUUCAUGGACACUGCAUACUACUAUACAAAUUAAUAAUAAGAAAAGUGAAAUUGUGGAAGAAGAGGCAAUGCCAAAAACAAGAAAACAACAACCGUCAUUGCUAUCUAUGGAAGAUUCUGUAGAUACGCCAGAUGGAGUAGAAAUAAAUAAAGAAUCAAUGGAGAAGGCCUCUUCAUCACCUGUGGUUUCUGCAAGACAGAUCUUCAUAUGUCGUCAUGGAGAGAGAGUAGAUUUUACAUUUGGUGCAUGGAUCCCAUAUUGCUUUGAAGAAAAUGGUUGUUACGUACGUAGAGACCUAAAUAUGCCAAAGGAGAUACCACUAAGGAAUAUACGAGACUUUCAGAACGAUAGUCCUUUAACAACUGUUGGAGAAGUACAAGCAGGAUUGGUUGGUGAAGCAAUGAAAUCAUCUAACAUAAAAAUAGAUGUUGCUUUUACUUCGCCAUCUCUCAGAUGUGUUCAAACGCUUGCUCAUAUUUUAAAAGGCUUAGAUUUAGAUAUACCCAUGAAAAUAGAACCAGGUUUAAUAGAAUGGUUAGCAUGGUAUCCAAACGGUAUACCCGUCUGGAUGACAUCCGAAGAAUUAAUUAAUGCAGGUUUUAAUGUGGAUAAAAAUUAUAGCCAAAUAAUUCAAGCAAAGGAUCUUCCAUUAAAAGAAAAUGCAGCACAGUAUUAUGAAAGAAGCUAUGAAUUAAUUAAACAAAUCAUUGAAAGUACGGUAGGUAACAUUCUCAUAGUAGCUCAUGCUGCUUCUUUAGCAGCUUGUACUAAACAACUGACUGGUGGUCAGAUACCACCAGCAGCAGAAGUAACGAAAUUAGUUCAACGAGUGCCGUACUUGGCAUGUUUGACCGCUCGCGAAGGGUUGAAUGGGUGGCAACUUCAUCCACCUCCUUUUCCUCCUAUCACGCACACUAGUAAUAGUAGAUUUGACUGGAAAGUCUUAAUGUAAAAAAUAUGGAAAAUAUUGAACAAUUGAACUAUACUUUGAAACAUAAUAGAAUCGCAAUUAUAAAAGACUGUCAUGAUACAAUGAAUUUUAUAUAAAAAAAUAGUUGAUAUUGAAAUUAUCGAAAUCAAGAAGAAACACAAGCAGUCUUGCUUCAAAACAUAUAAUACAAAACAUAUGAUAUUUUCUUGUUUAGAAAUGAAAAAGAUUGAGAAGUAAUGAAUAUAAAAUAUUCGCAGUUCGUUUUGCCCUUACAAGACAAGAAUAAUAAUUGUAAUGCAUAAGAUAGAUUAUGUAGGAAUUUACUUAUGUUGUACCUGCAUUUCGAUUUAUCGUAAGUUUUAAAUAAGAAUAACUUAUUUACUAGUUUUAAAUGUGAACCAUCGAAUAAUUAAACAUCAGUUCUUCAACUUAAAUAAUGGUAAAAAUCAGUGCAAAAAUAAUUUUAUUAACUGUUUCCUGUCACAUGCAACUUCGGUUUUUGCAAUAUUAAUGCAGAUCGAUAUAAUUGCCAUUUUAUAUUUGAAUCAGAGUACUGCAUUUUACAAAUUUAAACUUUUAAUCAGCUUAUAUUUUAUUAAAAUUUUUCAUUAAGAAGUAUGCAAUAUCAAUAUUUUUAUUUUAUAGAAUUUUAUUAGUAAAAAAACUUAGAUAACUGUGCCAAUUGAUCAUGAUAAUUCAAGUUCAAUUAAUUGAACAAAAAUUCCAAUAUUCUUUUUUGUAAAUGAUGACAUGUAUAUGUACACAUUCAUAAGAGAUUUGUUUGAUGUAUAUUGUUAUGUUUACCAAAGAUAUAUAGAGUAUAUAACAUACUAUUUUAUUAAAAUUGUAAAAUAAAUGAUAAAGAGAGACGAUAUACAUUUUUCCUCCACAUGGUACAAAUUUAUGAAAAUAUAUAAUAUAGAGCUUAUCCAUUCUAAUUAUGUACAUAUAGCAUAUGUUAUAUACAAUAAAAUAUAAUAAAAUUCA